AUGUUAACCUCCAACAUCACCUCAACUCAUCCAGCUGCCUUCUUAUUGUUGGGAAUCCCAGGCCUGGAGCACCUACAUAUCUGGAUUUCCAUUCCCUUCUGCUCAGCCUAUACUCUAGCCCUGAUUGGCAACUGCACCCUCCUCUUCAUCAUCCAGGUUGACGCAGCCCUCCAUGAGCCCAUGUACUUCUUUCUGGCCAUGUUGGCAGCCAUUGACCUGGUUCUUUCUUCUACAACACUUCCCAAAAUGCUAGCUAUUUUUUGGUUUAGAGAACGAGAGAUCAACUUCUAUGCCUGUCUGGUCCAGAUGUUCUUUCUCCACUCCUUCUCCAUCAUGGAGUCAGCAGUGCUGCUGGCCAUGGCCUUUGACCGCUAUGUGGCCAUCUGCAAGCCGCUGCACUAUACCUCAGUCCUGACCGGGCCCCUAAUCACCAAGAUUGGCACGGCUGCUGUGAUUCGGGCAGUGACACUAAUGACUCCACUCCCCUUUCUGCUCAGACGCUUCCACUACUGCCGAAGCCCCAAGAUUGCCCACUGCUACUGUGAGCACAUGGCGGUGGUGAGACUGGCUUGUGGGGACACUCGCUUCAACAACAUCUACGGCAUUGCAGUGGCCAUGGUUAUAGUGGUGUUGGAUCUUCUUUUUGUUACCUUGUCUUAUAUCUUCAUCCUUCGUGCAGUCCUACAGCUUGCCUCUCAGGAGGCUCGCUACAAGGCCUUUGGAACAUGUGUGUCUCAUAUAGGCGCCAUCUUAGCCUUCUACACACCCGUUGUCAUCUCCUCAGUCAUGCACCGUGUGGCUCGCCGGGCUUCCCCACAUGUGCACAUUCUCCUGGCCAAUUUCUAUCUGCUCUUCCCACCCAUGGUCAACCCCAUUAUCUAUGGGGUCAAGACCAAGCAGAUUCGUGAGAGAGUCUUUGGACUAUUCCUGAGAAAGUACCCAUAA